GAGCGGAGCGAAGCCUCUGGAUGACAGCUGUUCCCCCCUCACCGCUGCUGCAAACCUCGGGCAACUUCUCCUCCAAAAAGUCCUCCCCAAAAAAAACCCCCGAAAGCGCACGGGAAACCCACCAAACUCCACCGAGACACGCGUUUUCAACUCCCCCCGUAAAUGGAUGAAGUUUCGUUUGGCGUUUUUGUUUUGUUCCGCGCAGUUUUUCGGCGUCCACCAGCACCAAACUCAACCUAAACUUAAGAAGAACUAAACCAGGACUUAACCAUGCACACAUUGGGACAAAAAUAAAAAAAAAAAAACCCAAAAGGAACCCCUGUUACUUUUCUUGGACUUAAAAGCAAACCAAAAAAAAAAACAACAAAAAUGCCCGGCUUUUUCGUUUAACUUUUCCAUUAACUUUGCGACUUUUGGACGACGUUUCUGGCCGCUUGACGCGUUUUGGCACGGACGUUUCACGCGAUGGAUUGGCUCUACUUGCCGCUUUGGUGCUUUUGUCUCGUUUUGCAUCGGAUAGCGGCCGUAGAAACACAUGAAAAACUCUCUGGAAAGUUGAGUGAGUUCGGUCUCAUGGUUCCCUUCAGCACCGACUACAGAGGGCGCUAUCUCUCCCACGUGGUUUCGUCCAGCGACCCCAGCCCCGACCCGGCGUUUCACCCCAACUCCGAAGGCGCCCAGCGGAGGAGAGUACCCAGAGACCUCCACGAUUCUUCUUCCUCUUCACCUCCUUCUUCUUCUCACCUCUUCUUCAAUGUCACCGUUUUUGGCCAGGAGCUGCACCUGCGUCUCCGCGCCAACAGGAGGCUUGUGGCGCCCGGAGCGUUUGUGGAAUUUCAGGAGGAUUUUGAGGAAAAGUCCAAAGAGCGGAUUCACGGAGAUUGCGUGUUCACCGGAGACGUGAGCGACAUGCCCCGAGCCACCGUCGCCAUUAGCAACUGUGACGGGCUGGCAGGUCUGAUCCGCACCGACAGCGGAGAAUUCUUCAUCGAGCCUCUGGAGAAAGGACAGCAGGGCGUCGAGGAGAAAGGAAGAGUCCACGUGGUCUACAGGAGGUCUGCCAUCAAGAGAGAGGGAGGAGAAAGAGGAGAGGAGAGACACAACGAAGUGGCGGACUUUGGUAUUGCGGACCUGCCCCGAGCGCUGGACGUGGUGGAGCACAAACUGUCCGAGCCCGAGAGGAAGAGGAGACACGCUAAAAAAGAAGAUUACAACAUCGAGGUGCUGCUGGCCGUGGACGACUCGGUGCUCAGGUUCCACGGCAAAGAACACGUCCAGAACUACGUCCUCACACUCAUGAACAUCGUGGAUGAGAUUUACCACGACGAGUCUCUGGGAGCAAACAUCAACAUCGUGCUGGUGCGGAUGAUCAUGGUGGGCUACAGACAGUCCAUCAGCCUGAUCGAGCGUGGAAACCCGUCCCGUUCUCUGGAGCAGGUGUGCCGUUGGGCAAACACUCAGCAGAGACGUGACCCGGAGCACGCCGAGUACCACGACCACGCCAUCUUCCUCACCAGGCAAGACUUUGGUCCAGCAGGUAUGCAAGGCUACGCUCCCGUGACUGGGAUGUGCCACCCUCUGAGGAGUUGCACCCUCAACCACGAAGACGGAUUCUCCUCUGCGUUUGUAGUGGCCCACGAGACUGGACACGUGUUGGGGAUGGAGCACGAUGGUCAGGGGAACCGCUGUGCAGACGAGACGUCCAUGGGCUCCAUCAUGGCUCCUCUGGUCCAGGCCGCCUUCCACCGGUACCACUGGUCCCGCUGCAGCAAACAGGAGCUCAACAGAUACAUACAUUCCUAUGACUGCCUGUUGGACGACCCGUUUGAACACAAAUGGCCCAAGCAGCCGGAGCUUCCCGGGAUCAACUACUCGAUGGACGAGCAGUGCCGCUUCGACUUCGGGGUCGGAUACAAAAUGUGCACCGCUUUCAGGACGUAUGAUCCGUGUAAACAGUUGUGGUGCAGUCACCCGGACAACCAGUACUUCUGUAAAACCAAGAAGGGACCUCCAGUGGACGGGACCGAGUGUGCGCCGGGGAAGUGGUGCUUUAAAGGCCACUGCAUCUGGAGGAGCAGCCAGGAGCCGCAGGGGCACGACGGGAGCUGGGGCUCGUGGUCCAAGUUCGGCUCGUGCUCUCGGACGUGCGGGGGCGGCGUCCGGGCCCGCAACCGCCAGUGCAACAACCCCGCUCCGGCGUACGGGGGGAGGGACUGUCCUGGAUCGGCCUUCGAUUAUCAGAUGUGUAACACGGAGGAGUGCGCUGGGCCCUACGAGGACUUCAGAGCUCAGCAGUGCACCCAGAGGAGCAACAAGUACCACAAGAACACCAAGCACACCUGGAUGCCCUACGAGCACCCAGACGAGAGUCGUAAGUGUGAGCUGUCGUGUCUGUCCAAAGAGACGGGGGAGGUGGUCUCCAUGAACCAGGUGAUGCACGACGGGACCAGGUGCAGCUACAGCGACCCGUUCAGCGUGUGCGCCAGAGGAGAGUGUCUGCACGUCGGCUGCGAUAAGGAGGUGGGCUCGUACAAGAGUGAGGACAAGUGUGGAGUCUGCGAAGGGGAUAACUCGCACUGCAGAACUGUCAAACUCACCCUGACCAAGACGCCCAAGAAAAACGGGAUGCUGAAAAUGUUCGAUAUUCCCAUUGGAGCUCGGCACAUCGUGAUCGAGGAGAACGAGACGUCACCGCAUCUAAUCGCUGUGAAGAACCAGGUGACGGGAAACUUCAUCCUGAACGGGCAGAGAGAGGAGGGGGCCGAGCGGGUCUUUAUCGAGGGGGGGCUGCAGUGGGAGUAUUCUGUGGACGGAGAGAGAGAGACGCUGAAGACCACCGGACCCCUGCACGAAGGAAUCAUAGUCCUGGUGAAUCCUCAAGAGGAGGAAGUGAAGAUCAGUUUGACGUAUAAAUACAUCAUCCAUGAAGAUCUGCUGCCUCUGAUCACAAACAACAACGUCCUGUUAGCGGAACUGGACACGUACGAAUGGGCCCUGAAGAGCUGGUCCCAGUGCUCCAAGCCCUGUGGAGGAGGUAUCCAGUACACUAAAUACGGCUGCCGUCGUAAAAGCGACAGUCGUCUGGUUCAUCGUAACUUCUGUGAGUCGAGUAAAAAGCCCAAACCGAUCCGCAAACGCUGCAACAGUCAGGACUGCAGCCCGCCCACGUGGGUGUCGGAGUCGUGGGGUCCGUGCAGUAAAUCUUGUGGUAAACUUGGUUUCCAGACUCGUGUGGUUCAGUGUGUUCAGUCUCUCCAGAACAGCACCCAAAGGCCCGUCCACAGCAAACACUGCACCCAGGAACGCCCCGACACCCGCAGGCCCUGCAACCAGACGCUCUGCCCCGCCCAGUGGAGGACCGGGGCGUGGUCUCAGGUGAGGGGUGUGGUCUCGGGUGAGGGGUGUGGUCUCAGGUGGGGGGGUGUGGUCUCGGGUGAGGGGGCGUGCACGACAAACAAACCAGACACACUGCUCAUCUGUAAACUCAAACCCUGCGACUCUUCUGCGUCGCCGUCAGACUUUGAAUCUUUAGAAAACUCCACAGUGAAAGACGACGCUGCUCACGCCAAGUUUUUUGAAAAUCCAGUUCCAAAAACAGCAUCAAACGAGCCGUGUUUACGAGACAAAUCCAUCUUCUGUCAGAUGGAAGUCCUGGCUCAGUACUGCUCCAUCCCCGGCUACAAUAAACUCUGCUGCGAAUCCUGCAAUAAGAGAGAAACCCUGGAGUCCACCGACCUCCCGGAUCUGGUUAUAGACCCGGACUUGGACUCGGCCAGGACUACGAGACCCACCACGACGAAAACCACGACCAGAGACACAACAGCGGCUUCUACGACGAGUAAAAUGAUCAGAGAAACGUCGAGUCCAACGGCGUCUCCCACGUCCAGAGCAUCGAGGAAAGUCCGACCCACGGCCCCAGAGACGAGCACCGACUCUGGGGGAGGUUUGGUCGGAGCGGCGGCCGUCACCCAGACUCAUGGAACAAAAAAACUGUGUGAAAAAGACACUUCAAUCUUCUGCCAGAUGGACGUCCUCACGCGCUACUGCUCCAUUCCCGGAUACAACAAACUCUGCUGCCAGUCCUGCGGAAAACUGGAUCAAGAACCCGACCCGCAAAUCCUCCAGCCUUCCAGACCCCCGCAGGUCACCACCCUCAUCCCGGAAACAUCGCCCCGGACCCCCCUCCCGGACCAGGACCGGGACCGGGACCGGGACCAGGACCAGGACCAGGACCCUGUACUACCUCCACGACCAGACACAGACUGA